UAUUAAUUUACUGGUCUGUGGUGGUGCAGACUGCCAAAUGCCGCUGCUCGUAAUUAAAAAUUUAAAAAGUACGUUUACUUGAUUUUCUUGAUAAUAUUUCAUCAAUAUUAGCCUCAUGAGCCAUGAGUAAGCUAAAAGUGUCAGCGGAAUGGAAAAAACGAGUGAAAUCGGAGUACAUGCGACUACGGCAAGCGAAGAGAUUCAAGAGGGCUGACGAAGUGAAGGUAGCAUGGGCGCGCAACCUGCGCCUAAUGUCAGAGGCGGUAGAGACUCGCGACAACGUCAUUUCAGAGCGUGGGCGUAGGCCCUUCUGGCCGCCGCCUGUGGCCACACCCAGCCACGAGGCUCUGAUGAAGCGUGCUGAAGUCACAUCUACUGACGUAUCGGGAAUUGUGUCAACUCAGCAAGUCCCAAUCCGGGUGAUCAACUCUGUGAAUCCAAUACCCACAAUGUACACUUGGGCGCCCACACAGAAGAACUUCAUGGUGGAAGAUGAGACAGUGCUGCAUAAUAUACCAUACAUGGGUGAUGAGGUGCUGGACCAGGAUGGUACAUUCAUCGAGGAGCUCAUAAAGAACUACGAUGGGAAAGUGCAUGGUGACAAGGAAGGCGGUUUCAUAGACGACCAGCUGUUCGUGGACCUGGUACACGCGCUUGUGGCGUUCCAGACAAUGGAGGAAGUCGCAGAAGAAAGAAAAGAGAGGGAGCUGCGCAAUUCUAAGGAAGAAAAAGAGAAAGAAGCAAAAGAUCCUAAAGAAAAGGAGAAAGAAGAUAGUUUAAAAGACCCGGAGAAGGCGAUAGUGUAUGACAAGCAGUUCCCAAUAUUCAUCAUCUUCCAGGCUAUCAGCACUCAGUUCCCUGACAAAGGCACUGCGCAAGAGUUAAGAGAAAAGUACAUCGAGCUGACGUCCCGCAGCGACCCCAACGCGCUGCCGCCCGAGUGCACGCCCAACAUCGACGGGCCGCUGGCGGAGUCGGUGUCGCGUGACCAGACCAUGCACUCCUUCCACACCCUGUUCUGCCGCCGCUGCUUCAAGUACGACUGCUUCCUGCACCGUCUUCAAGCUUGCCACCCGCGGCCUAAUCUGACAAAACGGAAGGGCCCCGACUUGAAACCGUUUUCGGAUCCCUGCGGACCAACCUGCUACAUGUUGUUGGACGGAAUAAAGGAGAAGUUGGCUCGGGAAAAGGCUGCGGGGGAGGCGGGGGAGGGCAGGGAGCCGGGCGAGGGGCGGGAGGGCAAGGCGGCCAUCGACUCGCCCAACGACGCGUCCUCAGAAGACAGCAAUGACAGCAAUCGAUACCAGAAGGGCAGCAACAGCAACUCCAGCAACAGCAACUGGAGCACCAUCGGGGCCAGCAAGCUGGGCUCGGACCCCACCGCGGAGCCCACUUACAACACGCUCGGUCUGACGCAGGGCGACUGCGAGGCGGAGUGGACGGGCUCGGACCAGUCGCUGUUCCGCGCGCUGCACAAGGUGUUCGUGUCCAACUACUGCGCCAUCGCACAGGUCAUGCUCUCCAAGACCUGCCAACAGGUGUACACGUACUGGACCAGCACGGGGCAGGAGGCGGCGGGCGUGGAGGCGGAGCUCACGCCGCCGCGCAAGAAGAAGAAGAAGCACCGCCUGUGGUCCGUGCACUGCCGUAAGAUACAGCUCAAGAAGGACUCUGCCUCGCAUCACGUCUACAACUACACCCCGUGCGACCACCCCAACCAGCCGUGCGACAACUUGUGUCCCUGCCUGCAGUCCCAGAACUUCUGCGAGAAGUUCUGUCAGUGCAGCAGCGACUGUCAGAACCGCUUCCCGGGCUGUCGCUGCAAGGCGCAGUGCAACACCAAGCAGUGCCCGUGCUACCUCGGCGUGCGCGAGUGCGACCCCGACCUGUGCACGGCGUGCGGCGCCGACGCCACGCCGCCCGGCACGCCCGCGGCGCUGCCCACCGCGUCCCGCCACGCCGUGUACUGCCGGAACGUGUCCGUGCAGAGGGGCCUGCACAAGCACCUGUUCCUGGCGCCGUCCGACGUGGCGGGCUGGGGCAUCUUCCUGAAGGAGGCGGCGCACAAGAACGAGUUCAUCUCCGAGUACUGCGGGGAGAUCAUCUCGCAGGACGAGGCCGACCGGCGCGGCAAGGUGUACGACAAGUACAUGUGCUCCUUCCUGUUCAACCUCAACAACGACUUCGUAGUGGACGCGACGCGCAAAGGCAACAAGAUCCGGUUCGCCAACCACUCCAUCAACCCCAACUGCUACGCCAAGGUCAUGAUGGUCAACGGCGACCACCGCAUCGGCAUCUUCGCCAAGCGCGCCAUUCAGCCGGGCGAAGAGCUGUUCUUCGACUACAGAUACGGGCCAACUGAGCAACUGAAGUUCGUGGGCAUUGAGCGGGAAAUGGAGUUUUUAUGAGAAAGCGGCCAACGACCCGCGCCGUCGUUACAAGAUGUCCCGUGACUAAAAGACAUUGAUGCAUUUGUAAUGCAAUUUGUAAAUGACGAUAUAUUUGGUUUUGGUGCAAUGAUUUUUUUUUAAUUCCAUUACAAGUUAGCAUUUGACUGCAAUCUUACCUGGUGGUAAGUGAUGAUGCAGUCUAAGAUGGUAGCGGGCUAACCUGUCAGGGAGUGUGCAGUCAUAUUCCUAAUCGGUUUCUACGCGACAUCGCACCGGAACACUCGCUUCGCGGCACUUUUUUGCAUGAGCAUGCCCGUUCUCAAUUUCAGUGAAAGUGGUUAUUGAACUUAUGUAUUUCAUUGUUGAGCAGAAUUUAAUGUGUUAUUUUGUUUAUGACGUUUUGUUAGAAAAAUUUGGAACAAUAGUAUGCUAAUAUAAAUCAAAGCUAUAUAUAGCAAUACUAAGAUGGUGACUUACGCCAAGUACUUCAGUCGCUAGUUUUGUCUACAUAUUAUGAGGUCGAUUAAACGAUACGUGUUGCCGAUGUUUAUUUGUUGUUUGUUUAUUGGGAGUAGUGUCUAGCGCCGUCUUGUCUUUGCUACUCGAAUUGAUAAAUUUAUAGAGCGUGGCCUCAGUCAAUAAGGUUCCUCUUGUGCACGCUCGCUCGCUCGUUUCACACUAAGGCAGUUAAGUCUGCAUUCCUAGCAAGCUUUAAUAAACAGUUUUAAACUGUUAAAGCGUAGAUGGCCUCACAAUCCCACAAUGGUCAAAAGUAUUUCUGCCGAAAUAAAGACCGUUGUGUAUGGAACUACAAUUUACCGAAUAACUUAGACUUUAAAAAAUUUGUGGUAACCUACCGAUUUUAGGAAAAAAACCUUUCUAUUUGGGUACCAACCUAUUUAUAGAUUUCCAUAGACAUCAAGAUUUUACCGAUUUGUCUGAAAAAUUUCCUGUGGGCAUUGGACGUUCAUCGUUUGGGAUGAUAAUAUAAAGCAACAAAAUGCACUUUUAUAUAAAUAAAACGAUGUUUUAAUCUUUUACUCAAUCGUGGUUUGUGAUUCUUCAAUAAAGUAUUUAUAAAAAUAAAUUGUCGAUCCGCAGAAGUCACGACCUAAGCUUUUUUUUUGCCUCAACGCUGGGGUUGUCAACUUCCUUAUAAAAUGCCAUGUCUAGAAGUGGACAUCCAUUGGUUGACAUGAUGAUGAUGACUAUUGCUGGGGAAUAGGAAAAAUCCAUCGGAAUAGCCCAUAAAAUCUAUAUGACCAAUUUUGUGUGAGAAUUGCCACUUGUGAUUACUGUCAAUAGAUCUAGUUUGUAUUAUUAGUACUAUUAAUAAUGCGUCGCGUGACCCAUGCAUUUAUACUAUGGUUGUCGUUGCAAUAAGUUUUAUAAUACCAGUUGUAAAUGUGUCUUUUUUAUAAUAUACCCUUGAAAAGUAA